AUGUCGCGGGAAGAGCCACUUCUGGCUCCGCGCGUUUCAUCUGAGCGCUCAUCUAUUCGAUAUGCCGAGGAGGAAGAUGCCCUGCUUACGGGGGAGGCGACAGGGCAUAAUGAAGCCCCUCGACGAGGCUGGCGUCGUUGGACAGAGAUCGGCCUGUUCGCCUGGGCACUAAUUGCCACGAUUAUUGUGAUCAUACUUGCGGUAGUUUACCAGCAUGACUCGUCGAAGAACCUCGCCGGCCCGCCGAAGGAUCACUGGGGUCCUGGGGCCAAGCCGACCGGCAAGCGCAACUUGAUCUUCAUGGUGUCGGAUGGAAUGGGACCGACUAGUCUUUCGAUGACGCGAAGCUUCCGACAGCAUACCGAAGGCCUGCCUAUCGACGACACCCUCAUCCUGGACCAGCACCUCAUUGGUCAGUCCCGCACACGAUCCAGCAACAGCCUGGUAACGGAUUCCGCCGCCGGAGCGACGGCCUUCUCGUGCGGACACAAGAGCUACAACGGGGCUAUCUCGGUGCUCCCCGACCACUCGCCAUGCGGAACUGUCCUCGAGGCUGCUGCUCUGGCUGGAUACAAGACUGGAUUGGUUGUGACGACUCGUCUGACGGAUGCGACUCCGGCAUGCUUUGCUUCGCAUGCCAAUCUGCGACAAUAUGAAGACAGCAUCGCCCAACAGGAGGUGGGCGAGCAUCCUCUGGGCCGGGUCGUCGAUCUCUUGAUGGGUGGCGGUCGAUGCCAUUUCUUGCCCAACUCUACCCAGGGAAGCUGCCGCGCUGAUGACAGGGAUAUCGUGGGACUGGCCGCGGAGAAAGGAUUCAACUACUUGGACGACCGAUCUGGCUUUGAUGCCCUGAAUGGCGGUGCUGGAGUUAAGCUGCCGUUGAUGGGUCUCUUUGCCGAAAAGGACAUCCCCUAUGAGGUCGAUCGCCGUCACCAGAACGAUGUCUACCCAUCGCUGGAGGAGAUGGCCCGCACUGCGCUGACUGCACUGAGCGAGGCAACCCGGGACAGUGAGCAAGGGUUCUUCUUGAUGAUUGAGGGAUCGCGUAUUGAUCACGCCGGCCACGGUAAUGACCCUGCCGCCCAAGUACAUGAGGUUAUGGCAUACGACAGGGCUUUCAACGCUGUGCUCGAAUUCCUGGAGAAGGACAGCACUCCUGGUGUUCUUGUUGGUACCUCUGACCACGAAACCGGUGGUCUGGCUGCUGCUCGACAACUAAACAAGGAGUACCCGGACUACCUAUGGUACCCGCAGGUUCUGGCUGAUUCCAAGCACUCCAGUGAGUAUGCUGGUAAUAAACUCAAUGAGUACACAUCAGGAGAAGGAAAGGACAAGAGCGACAAGAAGAAGAAAGAAUAUAUCCUCGAGAUUCUGAAGAAGGAUAUGGGCGUGACCGAUGCCUCAGAUGAAGAGGUGGAAAACUUGCUUCGCCCUGACGUUUCCACGCAAUACAUCUUUGCAGACAUCAUUAGCCGUAGAGCCCAGAUUGGCUGGUCCACCCACGGUCACUCAGCUGUCGAUGUCAACAUCUAUGCAUCCUCCUCCAAGAAUGCCUGGCCAUUAACAGGAAACCAUGAGAACAUUGAAGUCGGUCAAUUCCUCGCAGAUUAUCUUGAUCUCGAUGUCGGUGCCGUCACCAAGAAACUCCGGUCUUCUGCCUAUUGGACCACAGAGGCAGAGGAGUCCCCCCGAUCUGGAGAAAUAUAG